CAAAUUGUACUUGUGGAGCUUGGACGAAAUGGUCGGAUUGUUCUCACUCUUGUGGAGGCGGCGUCCAGCACCGUGAGAGGGAUUGUAUCCCACCCAAGUCCGUGCCAGGCAUGACAUGUGACAAUGACAGGAGGGAGAGCAGACUGUGUAGAUAUGAACCUUGCCCCAGUAAGUAAUGAUCAAUUACGGUUUUCUAAGAAACUGCCCACCUACCCCUCCCCUAAGCCAACAUUUUGCCCUAAGUGAAAAGUAAGUGUUAAUGUUGGCUUAGGGGUCAUUUCUGUGAAUUGAUUAAUUCAACUGUAACUGGGUAAUUCCACAGUAAAUGGCAAGUUCAGCGACUGGUCUCCAUGGUCACCCUGCUCAGUCACGUGUGGUGUUGGCAUGAAGAAUAGAACACGACGGUGUAAUGCACCUGAACCACAGUUUGGAGGGAAAUCAUGCACAGAGCAGGCAAUGGGUCCAAGUACGGAGAGUACUCAGUGCUAUCUGACGCCCUGCCCAGGUAUGUGGUGCUAAGUUUUAGUUUAUAAAAUUCUCUAAAUCGAUAAUAUGCUGAUUCCAUGAAUGCUCAUUCUUACCAUGGAGUUGACAUUUGAAAAAUAACUCCCUAGUCUCAAAAGGCCGCAGAUUUUUUAGUUUUGUACCUUUCAUCUGUAUUGCCCAGUAUAAUAUGCUGAUUUUCAUGGCCUAGGCGCACGGCAUUUACCUCUGUUGUUUGAGAAUGCGCGUAUACUCUUUUUUGGUGAAACUAAGAACUAAAGUUAAAUCGAAGAAAAAUGUUGAAAGUCAAUAAAUUUAUUUCAAUAUAUUUGCAGGAUUCAUUUAUACUCAUACAAUAAUCUAGCAUCUCCUGGAACCUUUCAUGUCGAAAAACGUUAAAACAGGCAAAUAUCCGUAAUAUUUGAACUUGUCUAUUUAGCCCUCUGAAUAAAAUUUUUGUUUACUUUUCAGUGAACGGUGGUUAUACCGAAUGGAACAACUGGGAGCCGUGUUCGGUCACGUGCGGAAAAGGUAUCAAAACGAGGCGAAGGUUCUGUACCAAUCCGGAACCGGCUUAUGGCGGUGUCGCCUGUGCACACUUGGGGUCUGGGGUGGAGUCUGUGCAAUGCUUUGAAAGCAACUGUCCAAGUAAGUGUCUCGUUUAUUGUCGCUGUACGUUAUUUGUGUUGCAGAGUAAUUUUGUGGAAAAUUUUCUUUUAAAUUGUCCCGCUGCAUCCUGAAGUAACUGAGACUAAUCUUUGUCUGUUUGCUUUUCCGCUUAUAUAGUUGACGGAAAGUACAGCCCGUGGUCUCAGUGGUCAGCGUGCUCAAAAACCUGUGGUUAUGGAAUUCAGACAAGGAAACGUACCUGCACCAGUCCGGAACCACAGCAUGGUGGACGGGACUGUACGGACCUAGGAGACCCGGAACACAUCCGGCCUUGCCAAGUUAUACAAUGUCCUAGUAAGUUAAGAAUAUCCUCAAUCGUAAACGAAGGCAUCAAAGUAGUUGGCCGUUGGGUCUGUUCGCUUAGGCUUUUCCGAGUUGAAAAGACUUUUCCGAAUUAAAAAGACUUCUAAAAAUUCUCUAUCAUAUAUAUCAUUUCCGCCAAAAAAGUAUAACAGAUAAUGUAAAGAUGUGAUAUUAGAGAGUGUCCACAAUAAACAAAAAUGCUAAAUAUUUUGAAACUGAUAAAAUUUACUGAGAUCAUCAUCGUGAUCAUCAAAAGGAUAUGACAUCGUCCUUAGACUUUGCCCUGGCUGAUGAAAUGAAAUUUUUGCAAAACAACUUGCUCUGUGGAACCUCUGCACCUUAUAUGUAAUUAGUUACACGGGGGUUGUUUAGGCACAAAUGUAGGACGAACCUUCGAUCAAAUUCAAUUGUAUUUGAUAUUCUGCUUCGUUUUAAUUUUACAAUUGUAGUUGUAACACAUUACUACAAAGCGAUCCAAGUAGAAACCAAUCCAAAAAUGUUCUCCGUGACAAAUUUGAUUACUCAAAUGGCCGUCUUCUAUGAGUGAUUUGGUUUUAACCUUUUUGACUGUCAUUUGUAGUUCAUGGAAACUAUUCUUCGUGGUCAAACUGGGGAGCGUGUUCUACUUCUUGUGGGCCUGGGAUCAGAAAAAGGACUCGAACAUGUACGAACCCUGAACCAGAGUACGGUGGGCUCACAUGUGCCGAGGAGAAACUGGGACCCAACGUCGAAUCCUCGAAAUGUAAUCUUGGGGAUUGUCCAGGUAACUUCACUAAUGGUAGAAAAGCAUUUGUAUGUUUGUUUGUUUUUAAUGUGAGCAUGUUAGUGAGUUUUACUUUCUUAUGUUUGAAUACAAGAGAUGUAUCUUUUAAAAUAUACUUUUCAAAUAGUGUUCAUCGUGUUCUGCUCCGCUUUUUAGAUAAUUUUUAAGAACUGCUAGUACUGCUGUUUUGGAAUUCUUGUUCGUCAUAAAUAAAAGGACAUAAUGAAAUGCUAAAUUAUUGUACAAUCGUUUUUAGUGAACGGUGGCUGGGGUCCGUGGUCCUUAUGGUCAGCGUGCACAACCAGUUGCGGUCCAGGGACCAGAGAGAGAAAACGAUCGUGCAUCAACCCUGCUCCGAAAAAUGGCGGGAAGCCUUGCAGCGGUGCUGAGCAGCAAGUAGGAGACUGCAGUUAUCGACCUUGCCCGGGUAAAUAGUAUAGUGCUUACUGAAUUUGGAAUCUGAAUCUAAAGUCGUAUACUUUUAUUGAGUGAACAUGCGGUGAAGAAAGCUGGAUGAGGAGAAUAUCUGUCUAUCUUGUCAAAUCUUAGUCAAGAAAGGAUUGUUUUUUAUUAAAGAACCUGCAGUCCCAAACCCGACAACCGAAAGAUAUCUCCAUAUACCCUUUUUGGGUAAGCUAUCACAGCACAAGAUUUCUUGAUCUUGUCAACGCUAUGUAAUAAGACAAGUUCUAAGCAAACUGUCAAAUAGUAGUGUUGCACGAAGUCAAGGAAAGUGCUUCAUUAACCUUUAAACCUUGGGCGAUUGGUAAGAGAUAGUGUAUGGCGAGUACAGAAUUGCUACAAAAUUGUCGACUUGUGGACUUUCUAAAUUUCUCUUGGUUCUUCCAGAGUUUGAAGCAGCUUAUGAAAUGCUGAAAUUGCCUCAUAUUAAACAAUAACAUCCCUGUAAAACUACAAUGAAAUGGCUCACUUCAAAUCAUUGUAGCUAUGGGUAAAAGCUGAUUUCCCUUUAUGUUUGUUUCAGUGGAUGGUAAUUAUACAGAGUGGACAGCAUGGACUGCGUGCGACAAGACUUGUGGGGCAGGCCUCAUGGCGCGCUGGCGCGCAUGCGCAAACCCUAGUCCUCAAUAUGGCGGCAGAGAUUGUUCAAUGUAUGGGCAGGAUACUGAGACUAAGUCUUGCCAAAUAAAGGACUACUGUCCAAGUAAGUCAUCCUUUUAUAUUUCUUCUUCUACAAGACUACUGAGUUUGUAAGAUCAUCGCAGUUAUAAAUGCGCGAACUUUCGUAUUUUCACUUUCUCUAUUAUCUGAGUGAGUUGAAAGAGUAAGGUAAAUGGCUUGCCUUUGAUGGACCUCUUUUUACAUGUAAUAAGGGUUGAAAAGAAAAAAACAGAGUGUACAAUAGAAAGGAUUAGGCACUGAAUUAAUAAUACGCUUUCCAGCGCUUGUCGCACAACGUAUGUAGACGUAUAGCCGUAAGUCGUUAUUGAACGCAAAAAAUUUUCCUAUUCCAUGUUUCAGAUGAUGGGAACUGGGGUGAAUGGUCCGCGUGGAGCGCUUGUACUAAAUCGUGUGGUUUUGGUGUGAGAAUGCGCGUGAGGUCCUGCGAUAAUCCGGCGCCAUCAGAAAAUGGCCGAGAUUGCAAAGGAGAAAACACUCAAACAGUAAAUUGCAAGUCUGGUGAUUGCUGUAAGUACUAAAAAGAAAAAAAUCCUUUUUUUAUGGGGCGGGAAGCGGGGUGGGGGUAGCAGUUAUCAUCAGGUUUCACAUGAAAGAUCAAUAAAAUUUACAAGCUCUCACGAGCAGCCACGCCUCUUGGACAGGGUCAGCAGAUGGUCUUGAUAAUUUCAAAUGAGAUAUCGUCCCCAAAAUGUUCAAAUCUUCAACAAACAGCCUAACCUGCCUAAAUGCAAACUACCUGUACCAACAUAUGAAACUUAACUGUAAGGAUAUUGCUCGGGUGAUGUCACUCUCAACAUCAUGUCUAGCCUGAAGCUGUUGCAAGCAAUAUCACCCGCAGUCUUUCAACAUAUAGACCGAUGAGUAAGCAAGCUUUUGUUGCGCCUCAAUUAUCUUUCGCGCGUGGUAUCGUGCGUGUAUGUUACCCUCCAGAUAUGUACAAAUCAUUUUCUCUUCAAAUUUUAUGAUUGAAAGACUUUCCUUAGAAUAUUAGCGAGUCAAGCCUUGACAUAUUCGGUAUUUUCCUUAGGUGAUGUCCCGAUGCGACCACUCGGUUGUUUCCAGGACAAAAAGUCCCCCAGCCGACCCUUGCCAGAACUUAUUUUUACAGACAAUGAUCCUCAGAGCACCUUGUACAGCGGCUUUAACGUACAGUCGGAUGACUGGCAACAGUAUAUGCCUGAGCUAAUCUGCAGGUUUGUGAUCCUGUAAAAAUCAUCGUAUCUCCAUUAUCGUUGCCGCGUAUGCAGGCGUUAUUUUUUCGCCUUGUUUUUUCAGGCGAGUGAAGGCAAGAACGAAGUAAGUGAGUAGCGCCAGACACGCGGAAUAGGGAAAGGCGCCUUCCACUACCGAUUUUUGCUUCACUCGCCCGAAAAAGGCGAAGAAAUAGCGUCUACUUUUUUACAAUCUAAGUCCUUUAUUGAAAGCCACAAGAAUAAAAGCAAAAGAGCUCUUUGCACUUUGUGUGGAUUUGUAGAGUAAAAGGCGUUGCUUGAUAAUUUAUUCAAUUUUAGAUGAAUCGGUAGAAAACUGGUAUAAUGUUAUGUGAAGGUUAAGUUAAAUUAAUGAUAUAUUGAACCAAACCUAGUAUUUUAAAAUCAAAUUUGGAUAAACACCAACAACCGGAUUUACAAAGGAAAGGAACAAACCAGUGAAAGAGAGAAACGGGGUUGAAAAUGGCGGCAAGGACUCACACCUACGUAAGUAAUUAAGGUAGCUUUGUCACCUUUUUUUUCGAUAUUAUUAGGUGCGCGCAAUCCGCUAGACGCAACAAUUACACUCACUUCGGUAUACAAGGUUAUGGGGAAUGCUGGUCAGGACGCAACGCCGAUAAAACGUUUUCCCGUGACGGCGUACAGAACGCCUUCACACAGGAACCGGCGCCAAAGCCAUGGGUAGGUUGUGUUGGAGACAACUUUGAGCGGUGCCGCGGCGGUGAUGAACCGUGUGUGGGACAAGAAGACACUAACUUUGUAUACGCGUUUGUUAAUGGUAAGUGCCCUAGAUAAUCACCAUUGCUCUGGUUUCGUUAUCUCUGAUUGAAAACUCAGAUAUAAAUAACUUCGUGACCACUCUACUUUUCACACUGAGCUAACACUCACUCUCCUGUGCUUUAAGUCUCGCCAAUCAAUGGAAAGUACGGCCCGUGGUCCGCCUGGACAAAAUGCUCCAAAUCCUGCGGUGGUGGGUUAAGAUCACGAGUAAGGAAUUGUACCAGCCCGGCUCCAGCCUACGGUGGUAAGGAUUGCUCCGAGCUUGGGGAACCUCAGGAGAGUGAACCUUGUGGGUCAACUAAAAUCUGCCCAGGUAAGUUGCCCGUUACCUUAAAGUUCCGCUUAUAAAUCCCGUCCCCCACCUAUAAGCCCCCCACCCCUGCCCCCCAGUAAUAGGCCCAUCUGCCUGCAAACAAAACGGUUUAGGACACUGUAGGAUCUAUUUCGCGAAGCAAUAGCGUAACUGGGAGUUCUGUUUCGUAGUUUUGCUGUGGAGUGACCCGUUGGUCAAAACACCACAGAAAUAGGAAUUGCACGGAAUGCAUUACUGAAUUAUCUCAGUACGCAAAUUUUGAAUAACAUGAGAGGCGUACAAGCCAUAGGAAAGUGCUUCUUGCCCUUCUCGGGGGUUCUUUAAAAUUAAUCAGUGCUUAUAUAACUACAUAAUGCGCAUAAAGCAAGUUAUCUUUUUCUUCUGUAAGUGCACGUGCAUUUUGCCUUGAUGAAACACGCUCGUGCGUUAUAGCAAUAUCAUCAUCGUCAUCUUUCUGUCCUUUUGGUCUAGAUGUUCUGAACAAUCCUAUUCCACGCAUUCCGGUCCGACGUCGCGUUUGCAAGAUCUUCCCAGUCAACCACAGGGCCCCUUUUUUUAAACACAGUUUUAAAAAGAUUCUUAUGAAGAAUAUGUGCUUGAUUUUGUAGUUGAUGGAGGGUGGAGUGCAUGGGGCAACUGGAGUGUCUGUUCCAAAUCUUGUGGCAAAGGCGUCAUGGGAAGGCGGCGAUUCUGCGAUAGUCCGGCACCAUCCAAUGGUGGCCGCCUCUGCGUGGGACCGGUAAAUCAAACAUUGUCUUGUAAUCAAGGCGAAUGUCCAGGUGAGUCAAAUUAAGAAUAGAAUCGUAGAAGCAUGAGAAACGUUGGUACUCACAGAUUACGUUUGCAAGCGUUUUCUAUAACCUCGUCUUCAUUUAAAUUUCAAUUGACCACUUUAGGAUACGAGAAGACUGGGCCGAGUUUAAUUUCGCAAAGACUUCUGGGGUUGUUACUAGGGACAAGGGAAAAAUGGCCAUUAGUUGACCUGCGCGUUCCCAGUAAUGAUCCAGAAAACAAUUGCAGGACACAAACGAGAAAGCGAUUGAGUGUUACCCAUUUUCAAUUUUGAGCCAACUGUCAUGUUCUGUUUCCAGAACUCACACUCUCUCAUAUUGCUCACCAAAAGAUAGCGUGAAGUAAGGCACAAAAUUAACCAAGGCAUAGGUGUCUUAUUCCUAAAAGUUAUAGUUAUCAUGUUUACAUAUAAAUGCGAGCAUGCAAGCUAUUUUCGGGGAAGUGAGACAGAAAGCAUUUAAGAUGAUCUCACUAGCUUGCAAUAGACGCUCCCCGGGUACACACUGGCGUUUACAGUAUCAUCUUGAAGAGAAAAAGUAUGGUAACAUUACACAGGGUUCAUUAUGCAAAAGAUUUUUCUUGAUAGAACAAAGCGGUCAAGGCCCAUUUUGCCUCUGCAGGGAGCCAGUCUGAGCACAGAAACGCUUCCGCUUGAUCUUGGCUUCUCCUGGGGCCUGCUACCAUAUUAUAAGAAAAAUAAUGGCGAAGUUUUGUUUUAUACUAAUAGUUAACGGCAGCUGGUCACCAUGGAGUUCCUGGCAGGCCUGCUCCGCUACAUGCGGGGAUGGAAUACAGAUGAGGACUCGCGUGUGUAAAAGUCCUGAGCCGACUAAUGGAGGCUACUCGUGCGAAGGAGAAAAUGUUGAUGUGAAACCCUGUACAGUCAGGAGAUGCCGUGAGUAUAGUGGAUGUUAUUUUAAUGGCUUUGUCGUGAUUGAUCAGGCUUGAUUGGUUUGAAGGCGCUCCUCAUACAUAUGAACUAUUGGUUAACCCAUAGAUAUAGAUAACUGCAGAGCUUGCCUUGGCUGCUAUGAAGGGAUGCCCCAUGAAUAUGAACGAUUGUAAACUCAAAAAGAUAGAAGCGAUAGCGAGUGUACGGACUGCUAAAGACACGCAAAGCGCGCUUAGGUGUGGACAGCUAAAGACACGCACAUUACGAUUUGGUAGUAAGACGCAAACAGGACUUCCAAAGGAGGAACACCACCAAAGUUCCAUGUGUUAACUGUAGAACGUGCCGCAGAAAAACUUGAGUGGAGAAAAAAACAGUCCAUCUGGAGAAUGGGGCUUAGAAAGGGAGUUACGAGGAGAAUGGAGAGACGUUGACGCCUUCUAUGACAGUAUAAAGUUCAAGUUGAUAGUUAAAAUUACCGCGCAGGCAUUAUCUUUUCGCAAUGUUAAAACUCAAGAUCUGUGAUAUUUUAGUAUUGUUAAUAUCAUUUGCUUUCUUUGCUUUCAGCCAUUAACGGCAACUAUUCUGAGUGGUCAGACUGGUCCUUGUGUAGCAGAUCGUGUAGUGGUGGAAUAAAGACAAGAAAGCGUGAAUGUAUCAACCCGAGUCCUCAAUAUGGUGGUAGAGAUUGCAAGGAGGUUGGCUCUUCCACUGAGAAGGUCCAUUGUAACCCACAACCCUGUCCAGGUGGGAACUGAGUUUCCUUUUUCUAAUAACAAUUGAUAAUUUGCCUGUAAACGCGGAAAUGAUUGCUACUCAGACUAGGUCUUUGUAAAUCGUUCAAUUUCAAAUUCAAAAAUUCCAAAAAAAAAAAAAAAAAAACGGGAGGGUCUGAUUGGAAUUUGCAACACGGAAGAAUUAGCUCAUCCGAUAGAGGGCCAGUAUACAGACCGGUGGGUCACGGGCUCAAUCCCCGGCGGAUCACAACAAUAGUCAGGCUUUUACAAUCAUUGAGAAAUGAAGUUACAGUACAUCCUUUGCCCUUUAAACGGCUUGGCCUACCCGUGUCUUGCAUAGACCACGUAGAAACAGCGGUCUCAUUUUCAGUUGGAGACAUUACACCUAUGUGCUAUAUGUGCUACGUGCUUUUGUGCUGAGCACACCGACACACCGACACACGUAAACGGCAGGUUUUAGGAAAAUUCCUCUCGUUAUAAAUCUUUAUGAAAACACUGACCCCAUUGAAACUCUCCUCUUUCUUUUGCAGUGCACGGAAACUGGGGCUCAUGGAACAUGUGGAGUUUCUGCUCUGCCAAGUGUGGACCUGGCAAAAGAGAGCGCAUGCGCAAGUGUGAUAAUCCGUCGCCCAAAUUUGGAGGCAACAGUUGCGCGGGCUCAGACAGACAAAUAAUGCCUUGCAGUUUGUCUGACUGUCCUGGUAAGUUCAGCCCCAAGAUUAGAUCUUGCCUUAUCUACCGUAAAAAGGGGGACUUUCUUUUAUCUCAUCUUAGACGUGGAAAUAGCUUUCCACGCAGACGUUCUUAGGGCCUCGUCACGCUUUAAAACAACGUCUGCGUGGGAGGCCAACGUGGAAGUUUCCUUUUUGGAAAAUUUGCCCACAAAUUAAUGCCACGAAAAGGAACGUGCAUAUGUCUACGGGUCCUGAAUUUGAAGGCAAUCCAAAUUUAAGGGUGAGUGCUUUAUCUGCAACCUCACCUCCGUUAGCCAUCCUUAUAUAUUUUGGUAUCAACUAUCGUCUUUGAGGAGUUUUUGGUUCGAAAAAUCCCAGCAUUGCUUUGUCCAGAGUGAGCGGAAGUACACAACAUCGUUGAGUUUCUUCCUGAUAAAUUGCACUUGUUCUUUUCAAGGGAACUACAGAGAAGAAGCCUUAGUUAAUGUUCGCCAUCAUAUAACAUGCAUCGUAAACCUUUAACUCAGUUUAAGCCCAAAUAUCCAGACUGAUCUGUCGUUUAUUUGAUGCAAGAUCAAAGCACUUUCCUAUUGACGAUCAUUUUAUUAAUUCUCAAUACCGUGUCUCUUGAUGAUGUAUGGAUAUGGUUAGGAGAAAAUUGAUAUUAGUCACUCUGGAGACUUAAAGGCUUAAGUUGAAAUAAACUUUUAAUGUUUCAGUUGACGGUAAAUGGGGUCUGUGGUCUGCGUGGACGGCAUGUUCAGCCACGUGUGGCGCUGCUAAACGCUCGCGAACACGCGAGUGUGAUCACCCCCCAGCUGCGCAUGGCGGUAGAACUUGCGAAGGGCCUGAGAAACAGGAAGAGUACUGCAAGCUGGAGCCUUGCAUGAGUAAGUAAAUUACAGUUCACAUUUUAAUUUAUCACUGUCUUCAAAUUUCCUAUGAUCUGAGUUUCAACCCACAGCGAUUUUCUAAACUUUCAACUUGUGCAUCGUCUUUCAGUACAUGGCGGCUACACCAACUGGGGAGGCUGGACCGAGUGUGACGUCACUUGUGGUGGUGGACACAGGCAGAGGUCACGUGCCUGUACCAAUCCUGUACCCGAGUAUGGCGGGCUCAACUGCACGCAUCUUGGGAACACGGUGCAAUCUGAUGUGUGUAAUACAAGGCCCUGUGCGCGUGAGUAUUAUCAAGCAUUCUUUGAGAACCUUCGAGAGUUAUACCAAGUCUAGCUCCUCUUAGAAGAUCUUCCUUUACUUUUUCUAUUCGUGGCAAUCGAGCAAAAAUUUGAGAACUCACCAACGAUCAUUUUGAGUAAUAAAAAAUGGCGCUGUUAUUUCGGUGUAUAUUUCGUUUGAAUGGUGGAAUUAAAAUGGCCUCUUAAAGGUCGUUUGCAUUUUUGCCCUUCGCAAUUCGAUUUUCUGAUGUGGUUAACAUUGAUUAAAUUUCAUUUUACAGUCUUUGUCGGGAUUUAAUUUAUUUCUUUAUUUCUUGGUGUCUUUGUUCAGAACCUGGUGGUUGGUCGGGCUGGUCAGUGUGGUCUCCCUGUAGCCGCUCUUGCGGAAGCGGAAGUAGCUCGAGGAGACGAACAUGCACCGCACCCCCACCCUCCUAUGGUGGGGCAGACUGUGUGGGAGGGAGUGAGGAAAGAAAGGCCUGCAAAGUGCAAGACUGCUGUAAGUAAAAACUAACCAAGAACUUCUUAUAAGUUGCCUGUUUCCUUUGAACUAAUGUGUCAGUUUCGUUUGCCCCUUGUUCAGACGAUAUGGAAAGUCAAGUAGUAGACGUGCUGUAAUUUUGCAAAGAAAACAAUUGUGAUUUUUAGGCAAGAGAUUUUUUGCCACCCUAUCCUCUAACAUUGCUAAGGACAAACCUUCUCGCUUACAAGGUAGCUCUACCCAUUUGCUCAAAGGAUAUUUGGUAAAGAGCUCUGAGUAGGGUUAAAAAGGUUAUUUUAAUGGUUGACGUGAAAUGCCGCUGAUGACAGGGCGUUUGACUCUCUGUAGGUGAGAUCCCCUACAAAGCUCUCGGCUGUUUCAGAGAUAACCACAACUUGUAUCGACCCUUACCUGAUCAGCUGUUUAGCGAUUCUCAAGAGGUUAUCAACUUCAAGAGUUGGCCUAACUACCUGUCAGACGUCAUUUGCAGGUAAACAAAAUAAAGUUAAGUUAGUCUGACCACAGGGACAAACGCCGGGGUAAUGAGGCACUGCUCAUCACGACAUUGGCCCAAUGUUGAACUAUACUGCGAGCAGUCCCUUAUUUCUCUUUUGAAUCACAGUAGACCGAGGGCAUGCGCAAGGAGCGCGCGGUAAAGCUUCUAUCUCUCCUCGUUUCGCUCGUCGCACGUGGAUCUGAGGAAUGAAGGACUACCGCUCGCGGUCUAAUGUUGAACGGGAGUGGGGUUUUGGAUCUCAUCUGAGCAUCUGUAUACGGAUGGUUUGAAAGACUGAAUCAAACGGUUGAAGAAGACGUUCCGAUAAGUCGAAAUUUCUCGCUGUACUGAAAGUCUUUGCCCGGAGUCUUAAGUUUUCAGAAUUUCUUGUAUUCUCAAUAUCUCUAUAUUCCGUUAACCCGUAAAAUUGUGAGGGGAAAUUAGUUGCUUAUAUUUAUUAGCGCUAAGUAGAACUUCGGUUGUACAGGUUGUACCUUAGCCCUAGAGAAAAGCCGACUUUUCGCAGAGCCACACUAACGGUUUCCCCACGAAAUGACGCCUAAGAAACAAGCGCAGAAAUUCGCUACUGAUGACGUAUAACCACCCUAAUCUGGGUAGUGCUUUUGAUUGGCUGAAAAUUUCUUUCAACCAAUCAGGGGCAACAGAUUUUCUGGAAUUUCUACACUCGUUUCUCAGACAUUAUUUCGAGGAGAAAUCGUUGGUGGCACCGCGAAACAGCGGCUGUUUUCUCAUGCUUGCUAUGCCUAAUCAUUGGUGUGAUUGUUAAUUUAGAUGCGCGCGAGAGACACAAAGGAAAGGCUGGAACACGUUUGGAGUACAAAACUACGGAGAAUGUCUGUCUGGUGAUCGAGCCAUGGAUACAUACUCUGAAGAAGGAGAACAGCUGUUGUUUAUGGCGCCCUCUCAGCCCAAGCCACUGCUUGGAUGCGUGGAUAAUGAGAUGAGAGACUGCACGGGAAAUAAUCUAGAGUGCGCUGGACAAGAGAAUUCCAACUAUGUGUUCUCUCUUGAUGAUGGUAAGUUAACUAUGUAUAAUCAAGUAUCAUUUGGUUGCUUGACUCUAGAACAGAUCGUAACAUUGGCAACUUAGAGAACUGUUUAAGAGUAAAUGUAAAUUGUAUUAUAUAAUAUUGUGACAACUAAGAAGUGAAAAACGCUACAAAUUCUUCUGAACUACAAAGCUAUGAUUGAACUCACGACCACUGCAUUUGAUCUACUUGCUCACACAUGCACUUGUUACACGCUGCUAAAGAAGCGUCAUUCAAAUUAUAUAUUUAUUACAGGUUCACUCCACUGCAUUACAAGCAAAUAAUGAAAUGAAAUAAGCUAACACUACUAUAAGAAAAAAGAAAAAAAAAGUUGUGGAGAAGGAGACAACCAAAAGCACCAAUGCGCCCUACUAGGGAUGUCCCUAGACAGGCAGAGUAUGUGUAGUCACUGCAGGUUACUGUAGAAGCGUCGGAACUCCCCGAAGCUUUUAACAUCUUUUUUGACCAGCUUGUCCCUGCUCAAUCCAGGUUAACUCCUCGUUUUCCCUACCGGUCACCAGUGUAGGAGCUGCUCGCAAAGUCUCCUCUAAUUGGUCGCAGGAAGCAAUAACAUGUCAUUCUUCCAAUUGUUUUAGUAUUGUUUGGGGUCAGGGAAACGCACCAUUGGUGACUUCUCUUCCGAGCAGCUGCCACAUGACCCUUAAUUUACACCAGCUUUAUUUUCUCGCAGUGAAAGCUGUUCAAGGCAACUACACAGAAUGGAGUGUGUGGAGCGAUUGUUCCACCACGUGCGGGCGUGGCGAGAAGUUCCGAACUCGUAACUGUACCAAUCCCCCUCCGGCGUUUGGCGGUAUGGACUGUUCGUUUAUUGGAAUGGAUAGAGAUGUGCAGAAAUGCGAGAUGACACCGUGUGCUGGUACGUAUCGUGGGUUGCCUGUGCAGCACUUAACCAUAUAUUGAAACUUGCCCAAUGAGAAAAGAGCUAUGGAGGUGCUAUUAAUUUGCUCUUAAAAGGGUAGCUAGUCAAGUCAAUUGGAAAUCUCAGUGUUGUGUCACCCGAGAUUUACGCUAAGGCACGUAGCCGAGUAGCCUUGAAGGCCCCUGAAAUAUUUGUGAAUGAGCGUGGAAAGGAAUUGUUCGCGUAGCCAUGUUAUCUAUUGAAACAACUUUAAAUAAAUUUCAGCUGAUGUAGUUCCGGUCAACUCAGCUGUAAAUGAUAGUUAUCUACAGCUUUUUUUUUUUUUUAUAAAGAAUCACCCUUUCUGAAGGCAUUCAAGUUAACUGAAAACAUCUUGUGCAGUUUAUGUAGAAGUAAUACGGUUAUAAAGUAGUUAACAGACGUUGCUCGCAUAUUCUGCCAGGCUUAGGGGUACAGUCUACCAAAACACUGAAUAUGGUGGAUGUAUACAAUCUACGCACUAUUUGAAAGAGAGUAGAGCUUUAGAGGUUAUUUCGUUGGACUCAGUCGUCUUGAAUCCUUAAUAAUCGUCACUAAUUUAGCGAUGAGCAUCCAUGGCAGAGCUGAACUCCCUUUUAACCGCUACUUUUCUCCUUAUAGUUGACGGAAACUGGGCUCAAUGGGGUAACUGGAGCACGUGCUCAGCCACGUGUGGUCACGGUAAAGUGUACAGGAGACGCACGUGCGAUAGCCCCGCGCCUUCCAAUGGCGGGAAACCAUGCGCAGGCUUAGGACACGAAUCAGCAGAGUGCCGAAUGACGUCAUGCCCCGGUAUGUUGGAAUACGCUUUGAGAUUAGAAUACCUCUUUUUUGUUCCAGGAAUGGAUGAGUGUAGUCAGUGGUAAUAUGAUCAAACAAGUGAAAAGAAAAAAACUUAAAUACUGGCAUCGAGUUUUACUGCCUGCUCAAAACUUGUGAUGUCUCAAGAAUAUGCGCAGAUUUAGUGAAAUAAGUCCGUCGAGGCCCUGCGAAAGAAUCGUUUCGGACCAUUGUCGGACAUUUCCGAAGUUUACCAAGUAAGAUGGAAUAUAACCCAGGAGCUCCAUAAUUCUUACCGAAAGAGAGGCAACUGCCUUUAUUGAUUAAAGAUUGUUUUUCUUAUUGCGGGUUGACAAUCAAGGAAAUUUCAUCAGACUUCUUUGUUCGAAACAUAUCAAAAAAUGUUUGCCAAAUUUAGGGAGAAGUUUGUCGAAAAUCGUGUUGGUAAUGUUUUAACGAAUUACUUAUCUCUGCGUUUGAAUUUGUUUUUAGUGGACGGCCGCUGGUCCGGCUGGAGUGCAUGGAGCCCGUGCUCGGUCACUUGUGGUAAUGGCCGUCAAGAACGCACGCGUAGGUGUGACACCCCAGUUCCGGAGUAUGGUGGAAAGUUCUGCGACGGACCUGCUAAAGAGUACCACAACUGUGAGGAGGACGAUUGCCCAGGUAACUUCACAGUCACUGUGCCCUUUGUUGAGUUAGAUGAGGUUGAUUUAAGAUCGAAAAACAAGUUGAUUUAAGAACAGGUGUUGUUAAGUCUUUCACGAGACACUAUGCCGGUGAAUUUUCAGGGAUCGAAAAAAAUUCCGUCCGUUGCUGGGUAAGUAAUUUCAGAGCUUACUAAGCCAGGGGUCCAGGCAAGUCACCCUCUAACCAAACCAUGAUUUAGGCGAGCAAGUGUCCUCAGGCAAGCAAAAUUUGGGAGCUGCUUGCCCACGGGACAAGCUGGAAUUCAAGUCUUUUUAGCCUUGGAUUUUACUAGCCUCAGAAAACCGCCGACAUUUCGCGACCACACUACGGGUUUCCGUGCGAAAUGACGUCUGAGAAACGAACGCAGAAAUUCCAUACUGAUGACGCGUCACUACCCAGAUCUGGGUAGUGCUUCUGAUUGGUUGAAGAAAAUUUUUAGCCAGUAAGAAGCACUACUUAGAUCUGGGUAUUGACGCGUCAUCAGUAUGGAAUUUCUGGGCUUGUUUCUCAGACGUCAUUUCGCACGGAAAGCCGUGGUGGAAUCGCGAAAAGUCGGUUGUUUUCUCAGGCUAGGAUUUUACGUUUUUUUUUUAAAAAAAAAAGCUUGGAAAGGACUAGCCUCCGACUUCUUAGGACAAUAUUGCCCAUUAAGGUUUUCGUUCCCUGGCUUUUUUAUUUGUUAAUGGACAAACAAGGACCAAUUUUAUUUGAAGAGUUGCAAAGUAUUUCAUUGUUACCCAUUUCCUUUCUGCAGGUUUUUGGAGCGACUGGUCAGCCUGGAGCGUUUGUUCUAAGAGCUGUGGAAGUGGUGGAAGGCGAAGCAGAACACGAACUUGUCAAGGAGGAGCUACUUGCGAGGGCUCAGCGCGCGAAAUUGAAGUCUGUAAACUGCAGGAUUGUCCGGGUGAGUGAUAUUAGCAAGACCUUAACAAGCGUGGCACGUAAUGCCUUUGCAUUUUUGGAGCUUCCUGUGGAAGUCUAAUCCGUAUGGCGUUCUUUGUCAUUUGUUAAACCCUCAAACAGACUGAUGGCUGAUCAGCCAACAGCAUGUAGCGCUGGGUGGUCGCAGGCCAUAAAACCGAAUUUUUCCGAAUAACAUACGUCGAAUGCGGAGAAGGUUUUGAUUGAUCGUUUUGAUUGUGGAGCCCAAGUGUAAAAAAAGUAUCUUGUUGAGUCUCUUGUCUUUGUUUUAUAGCUUGUCGCAAGUCCAUUGACCUUGCCUUCAUUUUGGACGCUUCGGGAACGGUAGAUGACUCACAGUGGAAACUGACCAAAGAUUUUGUCCAUGGAGUCAGUAACGGAUUCCGCCUGGCCUCCAAUGGAACCCGAAUCUCUAUCAUCUCUUACUCUACGUUGCCUCACAUUGAAAGAAGAUUCGACGACAGAAACGAAAACGAUAACAUGGCUGACUUCCUUGAGUCAAUGUCUCAGCCACGUGGUGAAACGCGCACUGACCGCGCCCUGAAAUUGGCGCGAGACGAAUUAAUAACCUCUGAAGGCGGAGCACGCGAUUAUACACCCAAGGCGAUUGUCCUAGUGACUGAUGGAGGGGAUAACCCUGACACCACGGCCAACUUUGCUGAGCAACGCGCGCGGGAGCUCAAAGACAUGGAUGGUGCAACAAUUGUUGCGAUAGGAGUGGGAGACAAGGUAGACCAGUACGAGCUAAGGCAGCUGGCCACAGAUCCAGAUCACGCAUUCCUGGUGACGUCUUAUGACGACAUCAUCGGUUACGUCAAAUCAGCGGCUGAUGCAGUUUGUACAGGUGAGUGAAGUUAUUUUUACUAUCUGUCUUUCAUGCUCUAUCAAAGGCCAUGAAAAGUGAUAAUUAGAAUUCGGCUUUAAGAGCGCUUCUUCAAGCCACGUUAGUAAUUUCCCUCUGUUUAUAAUGUACAAUUAUAAUGUAUAAUCUAUUGAACGUAUGUAUUCAAAAUAGUUAUUUAAACAUGGCACAUCGUCUUAAGCAAUUUUAUUGUUUUUCUUUUGCAGCAAAACCACCUCCACCACCUCGUAAGUGUGUUAUAUAUUUUUCUUAUAAUUCUUCUUAUUAUUCUCUGAGUUCUCGUCACGCAUUUGAUUAUUUUGAUUCUGUUGUGACCUUCAAGAUGGAAUUUGGUUUGGGUUCUGGACAAUCUUAAUUAUCAUAAUUUUCCUCCACAGCUCGUUGGGGCGCAUGGACAGAGUGGAGUCCGUGCAUGAAGACUUGUGGCACAGGUGUCAGCUUGAGAUCACGUGAAUGCCUGACUGGGGCUAACUGCAGGGGAUCUGGUACCGAGACAAAAAAAUGCAAGAUUCAGGAUUGCCCAUGUAAGUAUUAAGACAGAAUCCAUCAGGAAAUUGCGUAAUUUUAAUUCUCAAUGGACAAAAACCUUGUACCAGAAUAAUUUAAAGCAUAUUGCAUUCUUUUUUAGAUGUAAUUAGUUAUAUGUAAUAACACGAAAGAAAAUUUCUCAUGGGAACCCGAGAAAAUAAAUGUUAAAUUUCAUAAAAUGACAUCUUACACAUGAAAUUUUCACAAUUAACAAUUCUUGUGAAAUUUGACAUUUAUUUUUUUGUAAUUCCUAGUUUACAAAAGAAAAAUAUAGUGCGUUCGUUUUAAUAAAAAGAAACAAGGUUAAAUGGUUUUGAUCUAAAAAUAUCAGAGGGGGAAGAGUAGAAGCUCGCAUCUCUCUUUAGCAGACAGUUUUCCCGGUCCUAUAUGAAAUAUUCUAUGCGCCUUUUAAUUCCUCAGUAGUUGUUUUUUGGCACAGUGUUCUCAGCGACACCGACAAUUGAUGUUCUUGAACUUGUGUUUGUAGCUUGCCAGAUUGCAACAGACCUGGCUUUCGUCCUGCCAGUUUCCUCCAAAAUCAAUGACACCGAAUGGCGUGAGGUUCAGAACUUUGCCAAGGGCGUGGCCAACGCCUUUAACAUCUCGUACCACGGGACCCACGUGGGUGUCUUGUCAUACUCGUCCCAGGCCACCAUGGAGAUGAAGUUCAACCGAUAUUUCUACCCAACGGAUGUAUUGAACGCGAUUGAUAACAUCUACCCGGAGGCUAAGAGCUACCAGGGAACACGCAUGGACGACGCCUUGGAAAUAGCCAAUUACGAGCUGUUUACCCCCACUGGAGGGUCACGUGAUCAGAUCACCAAGACCAUGAUCGUGGUGGUCUCAGACCGUUUGGGCGGUGAAAAGUCGCCAGCAAUUCUGAGAAGACUCAGGUACGCCGGCGUCACGCCUGUUGUCAUUGGCGUUGGCCCGGAUGUCAAGAAUGAUGAUUUGUUGAAGAUAGCUGACCGGAAUCACACGUUCUUCGUUAAUUCGUUCAAUGAUCUUAUAACAGUGGCUGAGAAAGUUGUUAAAAGUGCCUGCAAUGGUGAGUGACACAGUGAAGUAAGCGGUCCUCCCCGGGGCGUCCCUGCACUGAAAACUCAAAAAUUCUUUUUUUUUUCCCCUUGAAUCUAUAUAACUAAAGAUGAGAAAUGCUGUUUUGGUUACCGACAAAAAUGUAGGAUUCCACUACACGCUGUCUUUCUUAUGUACUAUUUUCAUUCUGGCAGUUAGCUUCGCUAUUACGCGGUCCCCACUUUAAGCGGACACCCAGUACUAAGCAGACGAGUAACUCAGUGUGUUUCAGGCGUUUGUUUCCAUAUUCUAAGUAAAACGAACCUUUAUUCAGCGGACAUCUCUAUUAAACGGACACCAGCGAAGCUCCCGUUGGCAUUCGUCUACGAACCCUGGAUACAGUGAAACCUGUAUGACGCGUUUUGAAAACCUUUGAAAACCCUUGAAAACCCUUGAAUUUUAAGAGUUCUUUUUCAAGGCCUUGAAACUCCUUGAAAUUCUCUUUCGUUCGUUUUGGUCCUUGAAAGUCAUGGAAUUUUAAUCGAAGAACAUUUGAUAAGAAGCAUCGUCACUAUUAUUGUCUUGUUCAUUACGGAAGCUAAUUCUUUGAUAAGCACUCACAAACGAAUUUUCAUUAAAAAAUGGUUGCCAUUAAUUAGAAGAAAGGCCCAUUGUUAUCAGAAUAUUUUAUAGUUUAUUUGGAACCUCGGUUAAUAGUAAUAAAUUGAAAUUUAAAAAUGUGGUCCUUGAAAGUCCUUGAAAAGUCCUUGAAUUUUACGGCAGAAAAAGUGUACGAACCGUGUGUAUCUCUCCAAGGGGGACGUUUCAACGUCAUGUAACAUUUUAUGUAUUUUGUUUUGUUUUGUUUUGUUUUUUUUUUUACACAGUACCAAAUUAUCUUCGCAAGAUGUGGGACGAAGAGGCUCACAAGGAACGUCUCAGAGAACAGGCUGCUGCUCAUCGAAAGAAAGUGCUGUCUCCAACACACCAAGGAGUGACCGCGAUACCACUUACACCGGGUCAACAGGCUACAGUAGGCUACGUGCAGGAACCUGCCGUAACUCCUGCUAGUCAAGCUGUAACAUCGCAACCGGUUAACAGGAAUGUUACGUCGGAACAGCAAUCGGUUGAGCAGGAAACUGUGACUCAACCGAAUUACUCCAAGGUGUCGCUGCCUCAACAACCGGAGCAGCCAAACGCACAAAUAGCAGCGCAAGUCGAACCGGGUCCGCUAGCACAAACAGUGCAACCGGUCCAACCAACCCAACCAGAACAGGCAGCGUAUCCAGCGCAGCAAGUUUAUUCCAAUGCUUCAGAAGGUCCCCAACCAGUACAACCUGUCACAGUAGUGCCUGAACCAGUGUACUCUAAUGCGUCGUUUCCUGAACAACCCGUACAGCAACCAGCCCAACCAGCGCAGCAGGUUUAUUCCAACGCAACGGUAGCUCAACAACCGACGCAACCGGUUUACUCUAACGCGUCAUUGCCGCAACAACCCGUUCAACCAGUACAGCUAGCCCAACCAGCUCAGGCGUUUUAUUCCAAUAACACUGUAGGCCAAGAACCUGUUUAUUCAAACGCCACGCCCAGUCUUCAACCGGUGGAACAAGGCUGGUCGAAUGUCACGUCAGCUCAACAAUCUGGUUACGCUGUUCCAGAAGCGCAGCAACCAGUUUACGCGAACGCCUCUGUGUCACCGCAAACACCUGCGAUAGAGUAUGACAAUGUCAGUGCUCCUGGAAUGGUUUAUCCUGGUGAAUCAUCCCCUCUAGCAUCACAAGGUUUGAUUUCAAACGUUAGUGCGCCUUACACACCACCACAGAGCAACCAGACUAUUAUUCCCUCAGCUGGUCAAGAAGCCAUUCCUGGGCCUGCUCAAGUAGGACCAGCCGCUGAAGCAAAUGCUUCAAUUCCGCAGGCUCAAGCGCCUACCUUUCAACCUCAACCCACUGUUGCAGUCGCUCCCGCGCCUGUACAGAACGAAACCGCUGGCCAAACAAUGCCUUCAGCUGCCGUUGCUACUGGUACACCUGCCCCUGCAUUAGCGACCGCUGCCCAACAACCGGCGCCUGCUCAAGCGAAUAAUACUUUACAGUCCCCUGAAGUUGGUAUCCAAGGUAGGAAGCCAUUCUUAGAGACCUUAAGAUUGAGGUUUGGUCAUUUUACUUCAGGCGACAAACUGCGGUUUGCAGUUAACGGUUUCACGUUACCCGUGUGCCCAUAUUUGGGACUUAAGAUUCGCGGGUGGUAGCUCGCGGCUGCCAUGUUUGUUUUCAUUUAUCCACUUACUUCCAUUUCAGCUGAGAAAUUGUCUUCAAAAUUAUGUGUUUUGAAAUAGAAUUCGAUAAUCAAAGAAGUCGUACUUCUUCUCAAACGUGGGAUUGUAAUGUUUUAAGGGUGCAAAAAACCUUACGGUGAAUCACUUACCUCUUGAGCGUGACCUAGCCGUACAAACGUGAACCUUAAACCGCAAACUUGACGGCAAGGCCCUGGUCACGUGACUUCUUGACGUUCACGUUUCGCGGGAAAUGCCGAAAAACCUCAAUGUUAAGGUCUCUAUUUCGUUUAUCUUAGUGUGGGAGAUCAGUUGAAUAGUAUACCGUAAAAUUCCGAAAAUAAGCCCCCCCAAACUCGUAACGCAAAAAACCCUCCGUUAAAUCGCCCCUCCAAAUAUAAGCCCCCCGGGGACUUGUACCUGGAAAUUGCCUUCAAAUACAAAGUAAAACAAAGCAAUAACGGUACAUUAUACGGACAGAUGCUCCUGCCCCUUUGUUUACACAUUAAGGGGUUUUCAAUGUUUCCUUGUUUCUGUUGAUAGGCAAACAAUUUGCAUUCAUGUUAAUCACCUACUGAGACGUUAAUCUUUUCUUUUGUGCAGCUCCGGUCGCGGUUCCUCCGGUAACCUUCACUGUUCAACCUUUCGGUAAGUGUGUUCCCGUUUCAUUACGUAGCUUACAUGAAUCUUUGUUGCCUGAAAUUCGUUUGCUGUAAAACAAAACAAAAAAAUACAACAAGGCAAAGUAGACACAAUCCAGCUUGUCUACUAGCUACGUGGAUGAACAAAGCCAAGAUGGCAAAGCCCACUUCGUAAUCAUCACCUAACUUCUUCUAAUAUAAAUUCCUCCGGGUUUCUCUUAUACAAAGGCGUCCAUUUCAUUCUGGGAACAAAGAUUUCAAUUAACAAAAUAACUGAAGAUUAAAUCUUAAAACGCUUUGUUUUAUUUCAACAGCAUGUUCACAAGGCUUGGAUAUUGUAUUCGCUCUUGAUUCGUCCAGUGACGUGGCUGAGGACCAGUGGAAAGAACAGAAAGACUUCAUGAAAAAGAUAGCGGAAGGUUUCCAAAUUCAGGAGGAUGGUACCCACGCUGGAGUAUUGGCUUAUUCCACCAUACCCUCCAUAAGUAUGAAACUUGGGGAACGAAACGCUAGGCAGGAACUUGAUAAGGCUUUAGAUGACUUGCCGCGUGACCCCGGUAACAGAAACUUGGUACGUAAUCUGCUUAGCACUUUGUAAGUGUUUCUAACAGAUUGCUUGGAAGAUGUCAAGGUUUCAACGUUCCUCAGUAUAUACAGGAAUGUUACGUCAUUUUAGUCUUGCAAGGCCCCUUGAAAAGGUUUUUAAAGUUUCUCCUCUCAUUUUCCUGAUCAGCGGUUGAUACGAUCGAUCCUAACUUUCAAAUGGUAGGAACUCUACAUAGAGACUUGGGGUACUUACCAGUUACAUGAGAAAACCGGAAACUUCGGUUGGAGAAUCAAAUGGUUCGCGCUAUUCCGUUUGGAAAACUAUAGAAAAUACGGGCCGCGAUAAGAGGCAAAUCUAUCUUUCCGUGCUUUUUAGUCUGUUCAGUUUAAUUAGAUAUACUCUCUCUCACCGUGUCAAAUUUUAUAGUGUUAUGUUUAUACACAAGAUUUCCACCCUGGUGGUCUGAUAUCUCCAGUUGAAUGUGCGCAACUAAUGACGUUCCUCGCCCUGAUUUUAUGUCCAUUUUCAGGUUAUUUUGUUAGAGAUGGCCAGAUUUGAAGUGUUCACCAAGUCCGGUGGAAUGAGAAUGCAUAAACCUAAGGCCCUUGUCAUCACAGUGCUUGGACCCCAAAAUGACCACAACACUAACGCUGCCAAGAGCCUCAAAUCGUUCGCUAAACAGCUUGAAAUUAGCGGCGUAAAGGUCAGUAAAAAAUAAAGAGCAGUUUAAGAGAGGAAUAAGUCUGAAGACGGCUCUAACAGUUCAGUUUGCUCUUGAAACCUCAUAAGCUACUGAGCUACACUUUCUAGUGGUAUCGUUUACUUAUUAAUGGUGGCUUUUGAAAUUGGGGUGCAGAUCUGUUAUGGAAGUCCUGACGUUUGGCCAUUCUACGGUGGCUCGUGGGGACAAAACACGUCCCAGAAUCCAAAAACACUUCCCAGAAUCUAAAAAUACUUCCCAGAAUCCAAACACGUCCCAGAAUCCAAAAACACUUCCCAGAAUUCAAAAACACUUCCAAGAAUCCACCACACGUCCCAGAAUCCAAAACACUUUUGGAUUCUGGGAAGUGUUUUGGAUUCUGUGACGUGUUUUUGGAUUCUGGGAAGUGUUUUAGAUUCUGGGAAGUGUUUUGGAUUCUGUGACGUGUUUUUGGAUUCUGGGAAGUGUUUUUGGAUUCUGGGAAGUGUUUUGGAUUCUGGGAAGUGUUUUUGGAUUCUGGGAAGUGUUUAAGAUUCUGGGAAGUGUUUUGUCCCUAUGAGCCACUGUACCAUUCAGUUAAAACCUUUGGUCCUACUGAGCUCUUCUUUUCUGCGGCGCUGUUCUGUCUAGUGUGCUGUACAAACUGGUGUUAACCAUUGAGUCUGGCCGAUAAAAUCCUAAAGUGCCGCCUUUCAAAUGAAAGCUAUUGAGUGGUGUUCACCUGUGGAAAAAGCUAGGGUAGUACGUUCAUGUUUUUUACAAUGGCUCUACCCUCGAAGUCUAUUAUCUAUAGCGUGAACUAGGUGAUAAAGCUCGCUGCUCUAAAAAUAAAUGAGACUUUUCCUGACUUUCUGUGUCAUUUCGUUUUAGGUCGUAGCUGUAGGAAGCCCGAACAUUGAUGAAAAGGAUCUACAAAGUAUGACCACAGAUCCUAAAUACGCCGUACGAGUUAACGAUCUGAGGUCCCCGGCAGAGGCUGGAAAGGUCUCCAAAAUCAUCUGUAAUGGUAAGCGAUCGCACUCGAGACCUUGGGUUCGUGAGCGUGCUUAUAACAGUUUUUUAACAAACCCAGUACAAAAGCAUUUUAUCGCCUUUGACGAGUAUCAGAUGUAAAAUUAAAAAGUUAACUCAUUUUCGAUACAUUCGCGAAGAUGUUAUUCCAUGUAUAGAGGCGUAGCUUGGUUCUGUUUGCGUGUCAAGUAUUUUUCGAUUUUAGCACUAUUUCGUAGAAUGGAGGAUUUAGUUUUCAUGUGCGACCUGAAGUUUUAAUUCUGAAAUAAAACGGAUUUCCCAUUCCUUUUCAAGUGGCUGCGGAGUACCCCUCUUCAGAAGUGAGUCACUUGGCAGCAGCAAAGCCAGUACAAGUACCACUCUCUGACCAAGUGCAACCUGCACAACCAGCGGCUUCAACUGCUCCCCAGGCUCCAGCGCAAACGCCUCCUCAGGCCCCAGUACAGACUGCUCCCCAGGCUCCAGCACAGGCUGCUCCCCAGGCUCCGGAACAGACUCCUGCCCAGGUCCCAGCUCAUAAUGCAUCGGCUGUACCUCAAACUAAUCCCGCUCAAGAAAGAAAAGGUACAUACUUUGUAUAUUGGUAUCUAUAAACGCUUGCCACCGUAUAAGGACCUUUUCAUCCUUAGUUGAAAACUUUUUUGGUACGGAGAUAGCAGUUUGAAAUGCAAAAUAGGAGAUAAAUCCUUUGAGCCCAAAUGGUGGUCGUUAACAUAAAAGUUAUCCUACUAAGUAUAGCAUAUAUAUAACACAAAAAUCAUGAGAAAAAAAUGAUUGUUACUGCUACUUGUUGUUGCUGUGGUUGUGAUUUACCAAGUUAUUGCUGACCAAAAAUUUUUUUUGUAGAAUAUCCCUUCACGUGUCAACCGGUGCUGUACUACGACUUCGAUAAGAUAUGCGCUGGAGAAAUAUUUGACGAGUCAGGUUCGGGAAAUAACGGGAUGUCCCGCGGGAGUGUCGUCGUCGAGGCUGGAUACAACGAAGACAAUGGGGUGGAUUUGUCUGAUGGGUUCAUACAAUUGGACGGAAACAACUUCAAGGUGGAUAAUAACUUUGACAUGUGUAGUUUUAGUGUAUUCUAUACUUAACCUACCCUGAAGAGGUUAAAUCUAAGAGAAACAACGAUAAUUAUGAGAGAAAUUGCACCAAAGUUCAAUCGUGUUGAUGCUCAAUAAACUUCGUCUUCGACUGUUCCGUCAAGAAAUACGUUAUUAUUCACAAUUAUUGAAUGAGGCUGGGUAUCAUCUGAAGAAUUAUGGAGAUCGAGGAGGGUGUUCGGCGUUUAACACCAUGCAACUUGAUAAAUUUCUUGCGAACGACAAAAUUACAGCUUCGUAUGAAAUAAAUGUCUCCAACCCAUUAUAUCAAACGUUUUAAGCAACAAAAGUGAACUUUGAAAAUAUGUUAGCCUAACAAGGUUUCAAAACCCCACAAUUUUAAUCCGUUUCAAUCUUCCUCAAGUUGGUCCAUCCGUGCGUACUUUUGUAUUUUCUUUGUUAUUUAUACCUUUUUUGGAUGUUUUAAGAGGUUUUUUUUUUGUUUCACUUAAUUUGCUGGCAGUUCCCAGACUUUGCAUUUUGCCAAAUUUCGUGACACAGCCCAAUCAGUGGCGGAUCCAGACCUUAAGAUAAGGGGGUAGGGCGGGGGGUCUCAAAAGUAUUUUUUUUCGGCCCUUAGGGUCUCAGCUUGGUCUAAUAAUAGGGGGUGCUGGGGCCCCCCAGCCCCUCCCCUGGAUCCGCCACUGUCUAUGUUGUUCUGACGCUGUGGUCUUUACUGUUUGCAGGGUAAACCAACCUUAGGCGUUACCAUAGCAACAUGGGUCAAAGCCAAGAACUUAACAGGCCCGAAUGUAAACGAGAUCUUCGUGACGGCGGCGCCGGGUGUCGCAGGCCCCACUAAGCAAGGAGAGUACCACUUUGAAAUCCUCGACAAAGGCAGGGUGCGGUUCUUUCAGCGAAAUAACGGCAAGACGGUGUACGGGCGCACGACGAAGGAGACAAUUCCACUGAAUACCUGGGUACACCUGGCAGGAAUUUACAAUCCAAACAGCAAACAGGCCUUGAUUUACAUAAAUGGCCACCCGGUUUUAGAUUAUGAGCAGACAGAGCCGCAUGAGACUGAUUCCCUCAGCACAGAUUGGAGUAAAGGUGCCUUUAUUGGCUCAUUCACCGAUGACCUUGGAACUUCGCGCCAGUUCAAGGGGGCCUUGGACGAGUUUUACAUGUUCCCAUGCGCCCUCACGGGUCAACAGAUUGUGAAGCUUAGAGACACACAUAAAAUGCGUAAGUUUAUGCUUGACUGUUGUGUUAAGACUCAAUUUCCAUACGUAUACGAACAGGGAAAGAUUUGGGUUUAUUUUAAAAUGUAAGGUGUUAAUGAGAUUAACUGUCUGAUAUUUUGCGAAUACGUAUACGAAAAGAUUGGCUUAUUUUAGCGGUAUUAGGCUUAUAUAAGUCAACUUUUCAACAUUUUCUGAUAAGAAUGACAAUUUUUUUCUUAUAUGAAUAAUUAUUAAUAACAUUAUAGUUUAACUCCAAGUGAGGACUGCAGAGGUAAAAACGGACUGGUUGUGUUAACGACGUUGUAAAGUAAUGAUUCCGGAAUGAGUUUCGUGCUAGAGUGAAGCUCGUACUGCACUCACAUGAUAAAAUCGACCGGCUUUGUCUAAGGCGUUCUCGCUCGGGUGGUUUUUCGCGCCAGGUCAGAUACGCAUGCGCCAUUCGCCCCAGACAACACGAUUUGCGAUUUUCAAUCAGCAACGAAGUUCGUUUUCAGUUUACGUGAUACUCAGAAUUAAAUUUCGUACUAGAACGAGAAUUUCGUUGAAAACCGUGACGAACACAUUCCGGAAUGAAUCGUACGGGAACGAUUUCAGUUGUUUCGGUAUCAUGUCAACAGAUGCAGAGCAUUGUAUAUAUGGAGAUGGAAUGAACUCGUUCCAGAAUGAAAGUCAUUCCGCUAUCAUGUGAUUAGCCCCCAAGUUCAGACCCGAAAAUAGUGGUAGUAAAAAUAGAGUCGUACAUCGAGGGGUUCGACUGCACCAGCUGCUGACUGUACAAAAAUUGUGUCCCUCUAUCCCAUUACAGCUAGGUACGUAGGACCCUACCCUGGUGUACAGCGUGAGGUAUGGCGUGGAGUCCAAGGAACCACAGUAACCGACCUAGUCCUUUCCCAUGACUACCCUAACAAACCCACUGAAACGACCGUUGUUCCGGACUUUGACGCGCCUAAAAACGAGGGCGACGACUAUGGUUCCCGAAUGCGAGGGUACUUUGUGGCGCCUUAUACGGGAACUUACUCAUUCUCUGUGUCUGGCAACGACCAAGCGGAGUUGUACUUCAGUGGCUCUUCGCGCGAGAAGGACAAGGAUUUAUUUGCGGUUGUGCAUGGAACUGGGCACAAUGACUUUGCGGAGUAAGUAUUGCGUUCUUGAAUGUGCAAGCACUUACUAGCUUUCGAAGAAAACUACAUUUUUGAAAAAAUUGUUUUCGGCCCGGUUUCUCGAAGGCCAGGUGUUGCUUAAUUUUUUUUCCUGAUAGAUUGUUUUUGACUUUCAUCGUUUAUUAUUCUUAUAGGAAUGCGUUUAGUAAAUUUUAUUAAAUUUCAUGGCGAGGGGACAUCGAUAAACUGCCAGGUUCAUAUUUGUCCGUUCCCUGGAAUUGAACCCGCUCUGGAGUUAAGGGCUCUACCAACUGAACUAGUCCUGCCGCCAUUUAAGCGAACACACUGAGAAGUUAACAACAAAUCUGGCUUCUUUGUGGGAAAAUAUAGUAUUUCAAAGAAAAUAGCCUUUAACUGCACUUCUGAUCUUCAUUGUGUUUCUCCUAGCAUGCCGUACCAACAUUCAGGGUACAUUCCUUUGGAGGCUGGGAAGUAUUACUGGAUUGAGGCCCUCCAUAAGGAAGGCCAAAGGAGGGAUUCCCUCUCCGUGGGCUACACCCUGGAGUGUCCCAAUACGUCACCAGUGCUUUCCGAGACACCCAUACUGAAACCAAGUCUUCAGUAUAAGAUACCAAGUAAGUUAAAGUUAGAAAAGUUGCAAAACGUCGGUGUGCUAACAUCAGACCUGGCUAAAUUGUUGCCAAGCAGAAAUAUAAUAGAUUUGAAGGUUCAUACGAUGGGACUUUUAUAUUUUUCUGUCUAAAAAGUUGACCCAAUUUUUUGAAGUUGUAAUUCAUUUCCAUCCUGGUGACCGCAAGCAGAAGACACUCUUUGUAGUUAAGGUGGAAUACCUCUCUUUCCUCCGCAGAAGCUCCGGCUAACAAAAACAGCAAAAAAAUAAUAAUAAAAAAAUAUAUCACGCGCCACGCGCGCUUUCUUUGGGCUCUCUCCAGCCCCCUCGUGACACAAAGAGGCCUCUUUUCGAAAAGCCUAGUGGUAUGGGCAUCCCCUGUAACCCUAAGCCUAACCCUAACCCAAAUCGCUAAGUUAUUAUGAGAAGGGGAUGCCCAUAUCACUAGGGUUUUUGGGAAUGGGGAUGCCCAAAAGGUGGGAAUGCCCAUAUCACUGUAACACCUCUUCGGAAAAGCGAGGUGGGGCUCACUCUGUGUAAAGAACUUUCAAAAACUCGUCACACAGCUCCUUUCAAUACACUCAGUGUUUCAUACACCCUAGGUUUUAACGACUAAACAUAACCCCAUUGAUACCUUCUUUAUAGUUAGGUAACCGAGCGUUUUGUCUUAUCUAGGGAGCUGUGCCGAGGUCAAGAAAAUGUGGCCAGGCUUCAAAGACGACGAGUACGUCAUUCAAAUGAGUAGUUCUUGUGAUCCAGUACGACUGUACUGUCACGGAAUGAACACUGCCACUCCCCGUGAGUACAUCACUCUGCCAGCAGGACCUGACAAAAACUUCGCCAGUUUUCACAGGGGUAGGCUGCUCAACUUUGAGACCUGCUCGGGCUCAAUCAACCCUGAACCAAUGCUGACCGCGAAUUACUGGGGAACAACAAGGUAUAGAAAGAAAACUGUCACUUUUUUUGUCCCAUACAUUUGUCUUGACCGUUUCAUCUUUCUCGACACUUUUGUUAUUAGCAGUCUUGGUUUGCAGGCUGUUUGUUUGUUUGUUUACAUACAUGCAUACAUACAUACUUUUAUUCAGAGCAUUUAAAAACAAAGAUAAAUAUUAUACCAAUAAUGCUUUGAAAAGGGAGUUUAAGAUGAUACUGUAGUUCGAAUCGAUUGUCAACACAGACCAUAGUUAAUAGAGAAGACUGGUUAUGAAAGGCGGAAAACAUCAAAGAUAGACACAAUGGGUGCUGCAGUUACACCAACCUUUUUGUUGUUGUUGUUGUUGCUCACGAAUUGUGAUGGAGUAAAAUAAUGCGACACUUUUGUUGGUCAGUAAGAUCAAAAUGUUAGGAAUGCUAUUGAAUCUUUUACAUCGUCAAGUCUACGAAAACAAAUAACCAAGAAGUCUGACGGGUUUCACAACCAUUCCACUCUAUUAACUAUGCCCAAAUGGAAAAAACAAGAUGAAAGUUGGAAUAUCUUUUAAAACGUAACCCAUAUUUAAUUCGGUAAUUUAGAUGUAGUGUAACUCUUUUGCUGAUCUUGACGCUCAAAUUCUUUUCAGGUUUAACAAACUCCGCAUCGAUCCUACAUCGGGUCUUGUACACAGAAAUGAUUACCAGUUCGCCAAGACAGAGGGUAACCCGGUCAGAUUUGGUCGCGCGGGAGACUGCUUCUCAGCGGCCUCCAAAUGCCACAAGGGUAAAUUCCAAAUUGAUUUGUCAGGCACGGGAAUGCGCAUGCGUAGGGAUGUAGAGUGGGAGGCCUGGGGUACGCCUAAGCUUCCAAAGCGGCUGCUUAAUGUUCAAAAGACCGAUGAUGGGCUGUCUGUGGUUGGAGAGUGCGGUGGAUCGUGUGGAGGUUGCCAGCCUUCGCAAGAAAGAAUGUACGUGGAACCAGCUAAAUGCAUCGACCGACAAAGCACCGGUACGGCUUUCUUUGUAGCUUGUUUAUUUUAUUUAUUUAUUUUUUUACUACAGUUAAUUGUUAUUAUCACAUCCCAUAAAGCAGUUACAACGUUCUUGCUGACAAACUACUACAAAGCUUUCAAAGUCGGAUUCGUAAUUUAAGAGUUCAGAUUGUCUGGUUUAAAACACAGGCUCGCGGAAAACCCAAAAGGUAAACCAGGAACUGAACAGAUGGUGAUGAUAACGUGGAGUAAACAUAGCAAGACGAAUGAACCUCAAAGGGUGUUGGUCCUUCGCUUUUACAAAUUACACACCCUAAACAAGUCCGUUACCGGAGUCCGGGUUGGCUAAAUGGUCAGUUAAGCCGCUCCUGACUUGUUCCUUCCUGAAAGUGGCUAAAUGCAAAAUCUCUCUUGUGAAAACGAGUUUUAUUUGCAUGGGAAUAGAACAUCAUUUUUAUACCAUUAGCUUCGCAGUUAGCCUCGCCUUGAAACAGAGGCUCGGGGCAUCUCGGAAGUAGCCUUUAGAAAUAACUCAAUGGAACCUUGUUCGACGACGGUUCAGCUUUCGUGCAGCUGCAACUCUAACUUUUUGAAUCACAAAAGGAAAAAAACACCUAAAAACCGCCAGCUACGUAGGCAAGCUCAAUAGUGGUGACCUCGCAAGACUGGGUCGGUGUUGUGUCGAACUGCCUUAUGGAAAUAUUUUGGGGGGACGAAUUGUGGAACCAAUUUCCUGCACAACUGUCAUAGCCAACAAAGUAAAUGAUAGCGUCCACAAAACAGUCCAGUUCACGUUUGACUCUAUUUUCUUUAUGUCUUUCAGAAGCCGUAGCUCGACACUCUAUACCGAAGCAUCAUGCUUCAAAAUCCGAUGUAAAAGGCACGAAGAAAUCCUUCGUUAAGGUCCCUGAAAAAGUGCACAUUCGCUCCAAGAUUCCUUAUCCUCACAAGAAGACUUUCUUCAAAGCAGGCCCAGGCCUCGAAGAUAGCGAGAUGGAGGUCAUUGGUCACGUGACAAAAAAGAGAAAGCGAAGCGAAUCAAAAAAGAGGAAGAAGAGAAAGCGACAUCUUAACGUGGAGACCGUUGGCCGAUAGAGUUUAGAUCUUUGUUUAAAUUCGAGUUCAGUGUGAGGGACACGACUAUUUGUAGCUGCCAUACCUUUAGUCAGCUACGUUUACAGUUUAGGUUUACAAUGUACAAAAGUGUGUUGUUGUUGGAGCCGAGUAAAUGAUGUCGAUAGGGGUUGAUGCAAGCAGUAGUGGAUCUCAGAUCCCUCCACUGUUUGCAGAAAAUAUUAUUUUAAGAGAAAAGUAAAAUAACGAGGUCUUCUUUCUUUUGUCGGAUAAUUCAAGGCCCCGAAGGCAGAUGUUAAUCUAAAUUGUAGUAAACUAAAAGCCAAUGAAAUGAUUAUUUCUUCUCUAAAUGGUAGACAGGCUGUCGCAAACAAACCUUGAUUUGUGUUGUUUGCCAGCUCAGCCAGUAGCUCGGUCGAUGUAAAACCUCGACAAGUGCAGUAUCUUAGAUAACAUUAUUGUUGUUAAUAGUGUUAUAGGUAUUCAACGACAAAUGUCGGUCUCAGGGAAUUGGGGUUUUAAGUAAACUAACCUGCA